AUGAUGACGAGUAUCUCAGAACUCAAAGCUGAAGGUAUCGGAGGGCCCUUACAGGUUGGAAUUCUACGCAAAUGGAAGCACGAUGUUCGCCCAUAUGAAACCCGGUACCUGGCUGUUGACAGAUUUGGUGAUGCAAUUCAAAUUCUUGGACAGCGAACAAAUCAGAGCUACAUUGAAUCCAUUUUUAAUGUUUCAGAGUGUUAUGUCAUAUCUGAUUACAGCUGCCCAGCGUUAGACAAGUAUCAAAAGGUUCUUGAAAAUGACAUCUACAUAGAUGUCGGUCUGAAGUCUAUCAUACAACCAAUUCCAGACACAACAACAAUUCCAAAAAACUGGUUUCGCUUUGUUUCAAAGUCGCAUCUGAUAGAACUCGGAGAAACACCACCAUAUUAUCCAGGAGCAUUACGACAUGGGUCAUCACAUGCUACACAUAUCUAUGUGAAUCCAGAUAUACCGGAGACAACAACACUGAUUAAUUUAUUCACAGGACCCUCAAGGCCAGUGCCGGCACCAUCUGGAACCCCCUCAACCUUACAUGACAUGAAACUGAAAACCCGAUCUGAUCUGCUGGUAAGAUGA